AGCAGCAACUCCCUUUCCAUUCAGGCACCAGAGCCCAAAGAUGGCCCAGACCUGGAACCAGCAGAAUGGCGACCACAACAGCCUGCCCUUCCUCUCCCAACACAGGAAGGCGCCCAAGAGGACGAUGGCCUCGCUGAUGGAGCUGAAGGAGACCUUCCUCAACGCCGACGCCGUCUGCUUCGAUGUGGACAGCACCGUCAUCCGGGAGGAAGGCAUCGACGAGCUGGCCAAGUUCUGCGGGGUCGGUGAUGCCGUGGCUGAAAUGACCCGCCGUGCAAUGGGAGGGACAGUCACCUUCAAGGCAGCACUCACGGCCCGGUUGGGGCUCAUCCGCCCAUCUUACGAACAAGUCCAGAAGCUCAUCUCGGAGCAUCCGCCACAGCUGACCCCAGGGAUCAGGGAGCUGGUCAACCGGCUGCAGCAGCGGGGCGUCCAGGUCUUCUUGGUCUCUGGCGGGUUCCAGAGCAUCGUGGAACAUGUGGCCUCGCAGCUCGGCAUCCCCGCCGCCAACGUCUUUGCCAACCGGCUCAAGUUCUACUUUAACGGUGAAUACGCCGGUUUCGACGAGACGCAGCCGACGGCUGAGUCGGGAGGCAAAGGGCAAGUGAUCAGCUACUUGAAGGAGCAGUUCCAGUUCAAGAAGGUGGUCAUGAUUGGAGAUGGGGCCACGGACAUGGAGGCCUGCCCUCCUGCGGACUGCUUCAUCGGCUUUGGCGGAAACGUGGUCCGGAAGCAAGUCAAGGAGAAAGCCAAAUGGUACAUCACCCACUUCGACGAGCUGCUGAAAGAGCUGGAAGAACGAUAAAUUUUAUAUAUAAAUAGUUAUAUUUAUAUACAUAUAUAUUUUAAACUAAAGCUAAAGUGGAAACCUAGGUUUAUUUUAUUAACACACUUUUAGGAUAGGUAGAACCUAUACUUAAUGCAAUUAAACAAGUUCGGAUUGUUAUUUGCAAA